AUGUCCUCCCCACCACCCUCAGACUCGGGAUCCGACAUAUUCAAAGCGGACGACGACGAAUUCCCCGAACCAACACCCGAAACCAACAUCCGCGACUGCGGCUAUCUGAAAUGGGGCUUCGUCAUCUACCGCACAACCUACUCCCCCGAGUCAACCUCGAAAUGGGACCAGUUCAAGGCCCUCGUCCUCUCCAACCUCCGCAAACGCAUCGCCGACUCCCCCGCCCCGGAGAUCCUCCAAAACAUGGACUUCAUCUUCGUCGACGACCCCUCCCUGGACAACGUCUCCAUCGCCGACCUGCAGCACCGUUUCCGCACCUGGGUCGAGUCCGAGGGCAUGCUCCCCUUCAAGCCCAGCCAGAGCGACCCGCAGGAAAUGGUCUACGUGCCCCGCGGCGCCAGGUACGAGUUCUUCCUCAUGAUCGACGAGCUCGCCCUGGCUUCCCCUUGCGUCAAGCUCGUGCGUGGCUUUCCCGAGCCCGAGAACCCGGACGAGGUCGGGCGCGAGCACGCCAAGGUCUGGCACAUUGCUGUCGGAACCGAGCUGUACGAUGAGCUGGGCGAUCCGAAUGCCCCUUACACCGGCCGCUAUUACAGGUCUUUGCCUAGCCACCUGGUCGCCCAGGGCUAUUAG